GCGCCUCCCUCCCUCCCUUCCCGGCGCGGGGAGCCUCCAUGCCCGCAUUUGGAAUGAGCAGCCGAGGGAAUGAGCGGCGGCGGCGGCGGCGCAGCUCGCCCCCGGCCCUAGGAUCCCGCUGGCUCCCGCUGGCGAAGAGGCACCGGCCGCUGGCUAUGGGGCAGCGAUCCAGCCCUGGGAGCAGCACAAGCGCCACGCACAGGAACCUGCCGAACUUAUUCGUUUUCCUGCUCUUCCUUGGACCUUUCAACUGCUUUGCAAGCUAUAGUCGUGCCACUGAACUUUUCUACAGCAUCAAUGAAGGGCUGCCCUCCGGGUUCCUGAUCGGGAAUCUAGCCCAGGAUUUACAGGUCCAGGCAACAUCAGAGGGAGAGGGAGAGGCCACAGUAGAGGGGAAGCAGCAGCCUCAGCAAUGGGGGAAAACCCCUCUCUCCUUCAGCCUUGCCUCCCAGGGAUUAGGAGGUCAGUAUGUGAACCUAGACAACCAGACUGGAGAACUGCGCACCUCCGCAAAGGAGAUUGACCGGGAGGCGCUAUGCACAGAGGAUAAUGUUGGCUCUAGUGUGGUUGCCUCCUCCUCCUCCUCCUCCCCAGUACCAUCUUCUGAGUCGUGCUUGCUGUUGCUGGAUGUCAUGGUGUUGCCUCAGGAGUAUUUCCGCCUUGUCAAGGUGAAGAUUGCCAUCCACGAUGUCAAUGACAAUGCCCCGUGCUUUCCCAUGCCACAGAUCCACCUCUUUGUGCCUGAGAACUCACCAGUCAACACCCGUUUAGCUAUAGAGCAUCCGGCAGUUGACCCAGACAUGGGCAGCAAUGGGGUCCAGACAUACCACCUGCAAGAUGACUUUGGGGUUUUUACAUUGGAUGUGGAGGAAAAUGAAAGUGGAGAAAGAACGCCUUACCUGAUUGUCAUGGGUGCCUUGGACAGAGAGGCCAGAGACAAAUAUAUUACCCUCAUAACUGCAGAGGAUGGAGGAGUCCCUCCACUGGUGGGCAGUGCCACCCUCACUAUUGGCAUCAGUGACAUCAACGACAACUGCCCACAGUUCAAUGAGACCCAGAUCAAUGUCACAGUUUUUGGGAAUUCUAGUAUUGGGUUGCCCAUAGCCUCUGUCCAUGCUGUGGAUGUGGAUCAGGGAAUCAAUGCAGAGAUCACAUAUUCCUACAGCCAGAAGGUUUCUCAGUCAUCCCGCACUUUGUUUCACCUUGAUGAAAGCACAGGUGUUAUCAAGCUCUCCAAGAGGAUUAAUGGUGACACUCCUCGUCUCCAUCGGUUGAGCGUAUUAGCCAACGGUCCCGGUUGUAUCCCUGCAGUGAUCACUGUGUUAAUAUCCAUCAUCAAAGUCACAAUGAGACCUCCUGAAGUGAUUCCUCGUUUUAUAGCGAAUGAAGUAGAAGGGGUGGUUUACCUGAGGGAAUUAGAGCCUGUUAACACACCGAUAGCAUUUUUUACCAUAAAAGAUCCAGACGAAAAAUACAAAGUGGAUUGCUAUUUGGAUGGUGACGGCCCAUUCAGGUUGUCACCAUACAAACCAUAUCACAAUGAGUACUUGCUGGAGACUACAAAACCAUUGGAUUAUGAGGCUCAACAGUUCUAUGAAGUAUCAGUGAUCGCAUGGAAUACUGAAGGAUUCCAUGUCAAUAAAAUAGUGAAAGUGCAGGUUCUGGAUGAUAAUGACAAUUCACCUGUUUUUUCUCAAACACUGAUAGAAUUAUCAAUUGAAGAAAAUAAUGUCCCCAAUGCUUUUUUGACCAAGCUACAUGCAACAGAUGCUGACAGUGGAGAAAGAGGGCAAGUGUCUUAUUUCCUAGGGCCUGAAGCCCCUUCAUAUUUUGCUUUAGAUAAAGUCACAGGAGUUUUGACAGUUUCCACCCAGCUGGACAGAGAAGAGAGAGAGAAAUACCGCUACACAGUUAAAGCAGUAGAUUCUGGAGUACCAGCCCGAGAAUCAAUAGCCACAGUUACCAUCUCUGUACUGGAUAAAAAUGACAACAGCCCAAGAUUUAUCAACAAGGAUUUUAGUUUUUUUGUGCCAGAGAAUUUUCCAGGCUUUGGGGAAAUUGGAGUUAUAAGUGUCACGGAUGCAGAUAUAGGGCAAAAUGGCUGGGUAGCACUUUCUGUUGUAAAUGGAAGUGACAUCUUUGUUAUAGACACUGGCAAAGGAGUGCUAAGAGCUAAAGUCUCUCUAGACAGGGAACAGCAGAGCUCAUACAUCUUAUGGGUUGAAGCAGUCGAUGGAGGUGAUCCUGCCUUGUCCUCGACUGCAAAAAUAACUGUCCUUUUGCUGGACAUCAAUGAUAACCCACCCUUGGUCUUGUUUCCGCAGUCCAACAUGUCUUACCUCCUAGUCCUUCCUUCUACUCUACCUGGCUCUCCUAUCACAGAAGUUUAUGCUGUAGAUAAUGAUACCGGCAUGAAUGCAGUCAUAGCAUACAGCAUCAUAGGGAGAAGAGGUCCCCGGCCAGACUCCUUUAAGAUUGACCCCAAGACAGGCAACAUCACUCUGGAGGAGUCACUAAUGCAAAACGACUAUGGCCUUUAUCGGCUUCUUGUUAAGGUUAGUGAUCAUGGUUACCCAGAACCUCUGCAUUCCACAGUUAUGGUGAACCUCUUUGUCAAUGACACUGUGAGCAACGAGAGCUACAUUGAAAGCCUUUUAAGAAAGGAACCUGAUAUUAACGUCGAGGAAAAAGAACCACAAAUCUCUAUAGAACCCACACACAAAAGAGUAGAAUCUGCAUCUUGUAUGCCUACCUUAGUGGUCCUGUCAGUAAUAAGCUUGUGUUCAAUAACAUUGGUAACUGGGAUGGGUAUUUACAUCUGCCUGAGGAGAGGAAGAAAGUACCACAGAGGAGACGAAACUUUGGAAGUACAAAUCCCAUUAAAUGGAAGAAUUGAUCUUCAUAUGCUGGAGAAAAGGCCUGUGGAAAUUUCCAAUAUCUGAUGACUUUAAAUGGACAAUCUCAACCAAAACCUAAUAAUUCUGAAUAGUGAUUAAGUUCCCAGAUACAGGAUUGUCAGCAGUAGCUACAAUGAAGGACUACUGAUUUAUAACUUAUUGUAAUUGUAAAUACUGUAGCUGUCUACAGCUUUUUUUCAGUGAGAAGAAAAAGGAAAUCAAAUUCAUUGUACAGCUUUUUUAUGAAACCAUAGUGCUAACAGCUCAUAACUUGUCUGUGUAGACUUGGUCAUCACAAGACCCACCCAUAAAUUAAGUCAGUAUUCAUAAAGUGAAAGGUAAGACAAUGACAAAUUCAUUGUUAAAUUCUUUUUCAUUCCUAUGUCAUUUUUUACCACAAGAGGGCAACAUCUGCCAUUCCUGUAAAUGAGUCUGUUUAAAAGAAAAUGAAAAGUAUAUUUUAAAACAUUGUUUUUCUAAAGGGGAAAAAUAAACAAAAUAAAAGUAUGGGUUUGAGGUAUAAUAAUUAUAUGCUCUAUUGUAUAUACAAGAAGUUGACAAGAAAAUAUGCACUGGUAAAUCAAACAGAAUGUUUUAUUACCUCAGAUGUUUAAAUAUAUAAAUCUCCCUCUAUAUAGGAACGGCAUUAACAAGAAGUGCAAUUUGUUGAGGGUACCCAUUAUCCCCUUGUGAGGUUAUGGACAGAAAUUAGAUGUUCACUUUCACCUCAAUAUGGAGAACAAACAUUAUAAAUUGCUUCAGCAAUAUUUUGAUCAGUAUCUCUUGGAACAAAUAAAUAUGCCAUCUGGGAUGCGAACGAGUCCAGGUGUACACAGGGCAGAAAAGGGUUUCUGUUGCCAAUUUCCCUGACAUAACACUUCUUGAAACUUUUGGGAUGCCUCUGUGCAAGAUUUCCCCAGGCCUUCAAGAGGUUCGAGUACCUGCCACUAGAAUCUAAAGUACAACAGCCUGUUCCUAUGCAUAGUUACCUGAGCUAAAUGAGGCUUUCUCCUCAAGUAAGAGUGCACAAGGCUGUAGACUAAGUGCAGCAAAGUAAGGGAACAGUGAAAUGCCAGUUAUUUCUAAGCAUUAAUUUCUAUUACUUGAGAGUAAGAGAGCCUGAUAACCAUCAUGCCGACUCCAUCAAGACUAUCUGCAUGUGGAAAAUGGUUUCCAUGCAUGCAUUGUCCUUAUGGGGCCUGAACCUUAAAUACAAAAAGAUGUGACAGGGAGAAAUUCCACAUUCCGCUCAUCCACUCACUACUAAACGUCUGAUUCAGACACCCCUCUUGCUCCAAAUAGGUGAAUAACGGUGUCAGAGGCAGAGCUUACAAUCCUUCUCAUCUACUGAGGCCUGCAGGACAGAUACUUGUGUGCAGUUCCCAAUGCCUGCAGAUAUCUCUGGACUGGGGCCCACGAUCAAUAUCUCUCCAUUUCAGAAUAUUGUAGUUCCAUCUACCACCACCCCAACUAAUUUUGUUGUUGUUGUUGUUGAUCUAGUGUUCCCUAGUUGUUGUUAAUAAUGCUUUGUAGUUUCAAUGAUCUAUCAGUAGUAUUCCAUCACUUUGGUUGUAUAAUUUUUCUUUUCUUUUUUAAAAGCAAUGUUUCUGAAAUAGAUAUCUCAUAUUGAAACAAAAAUUAUUGGUCAUAUGAACCUUUGUGUUUUUUUUAAAUUUGGGCUCUUGCUAUUCUCUCAAUGGGUAUUUUGUGUGAGAGAACAGCAGCUAAUUACUGACUCUUGGCUCCCUUCCUUUUCAUUAGCUUAAUCUUUUCGAUCAUGCCCAUAACUUUCCUUCCUAAAGCCAGUGACAUACCUUCCCAGAAUUGACACCUGCCUGCCUCUGCAGCUACACAGCAGAGGGGUUAUCAGCAAUGCACACCUUUAACAAUGAUUGCAAAAGCUGCGAAACUAUCAUGCCAGAUGUCUCCAUCAAAUCUAGCUGUGUAAAACAAGGCAAAUGAGUGCUCUGCUUAGAACUGACACUUUUCUUGAGUUCUGACAAUAUGUCUGUACUGUACCAAAAGUGUUUAUAUGUCUGCAAAUAAAAACUCUAUAUUUUCAUAAUAUUUAUCUGUUAUUUUAUGGAACCUAGAUGCCUACCUACCUACACACUAUGUAUGCGGAUAUGUAUACAUUAAAAAGGGGGGAUAUGUAUCUCAGAGAUGCUCGAAAGGAUGAAAGUUUGUUAUUAUGUUAGCUCAACAUGUUUUAGUUCAAGUGAGCCUCUUCAGGGACUUGCUCAUCUGUUUCUUUAUAGGUUCUCUUGAGCUGAAACAUGUUGGGCUACCAUAAUAGUGAACAUUCAGCCUUUCCAGCAUCUCAGAGAUAUACAUCUCCCUUUUUUUGUAUUUACAGCCCUAGAUUUUUCCUGUUUUCUCUCUCUCUCUCUGUGUGUGUGUGUGUGUGUGUGUGUACACACACACACGUUUACAAUGUACUUUGCAGUAUAUGAAAUGUCACUGAAUGCAAUCCAAUGUAACUUUCCAUAAAUAUUAUUUUCUUAUA